AUGGUGCUGCUCUCCGUUGCCACGGCGCUGUACCUCCGGCGCCUCGGCCGCAGAAAGGCCAUCCGUCUGCUCCUUGUCGUCUUUGUCCUCUUCAACGUGUACGACGUGGUGCGCAUCCACCAGCACCUCGCCCGCGAGCGAGGGUACGCGCCCCGCCGCCGCCGCGCCGCGCAGGAGCGCGUCUACAUUGCCGGCAUGCACUUCAACAACGGCGAGCUCUUAAAGGCGCACUGGAACAAUGCUGUGCUGGAGCUGACGGAGCUGUUUGGGCCCGCCAACGUGUUUGUGAGCGUGCACGAGAGCGGCAGCUGGGACGACAGCAAAGAGGCGCUCCGGGACCUGGAUCACCAGCUCGAGAGCCGCGGCGUGCCGCACAGGGUGGUCAUGUCGGACGUGACGCACGCAGACGAAAUAGCCAAAGGCGGCGCCGCCGCCGAGGGCGAGGGCGAGACGGGCUGGAUCGAGACGCCGAGGGGGGCAAAGGAGCUCCGACGCAUACCGUACCUGGCCAAGCUGCGGAAUAAGACCCUGCAAGAUCUAUUCGAUCUAUAUAAAAAGGGCGUCACUUUUGACAAGGUGUUAUUUCUCAACGACGUCGUGUUUACGACUGAAGACAUCGUCACGUUGAUGGAUACCAACGACGGCGCAUAUGCCGCCGCUUGCUCUCUUGACUUUGCGAAACCGCCGUUGUACUAUGACACUUUUGCGCUGCGCGACGCCGAAGGCAGCGCGCAUAUAAUGCAGACCUGGCCGUACUUCAAAGCCCGCGAGUCGCGGUCACCACUCGUCAACAACCACGACGCCGUCCCCGUGACGAGCUGCUGGAACGGCAUCGUCGUCAUGCCCGCAGACCCCUUUGUGUCCCCCACCAAGCUGCGCUUUCGCGGCAUCCCCGACUCCCUCGCGCUGCAGCACCUCGAGGGCUCCGAGUGCUGCCUCAUCCACGCCGACAAUCCCCUGUCGCGCACCCUCGGCGUCUACGUCAACCCGCGCGUCCGCGUCGGCUACAGCCUGCCCGCCUACCAGGCCGUCCACCCCGCCGACGGCGCCGCCUCGUGGGUCGCCGCCGCCGACAUCUUCUUUGGCCUCUGGACCAACCGCAUCAAGCGCUGGACGCGCGUCUCGUUCGAGGGAUGGGUCGUGCGCGCGCGCGUCGCGGAGUGGCAAAAGGAGGACAUGGCGCGGCACGAGCCGGGCGUGUUUUGCCUCAUCAACGAGAUGCAGGUCCUGGCGGAGAAUGGUUGGGCGCAUGUGUGA